AUCUUCUUAUUCUUCUUCUUCUUCUUCUUCUUCUUCUUCUUCUUCUUCUUCUUCUUCUUCUUCUUCUAUGGUAUUAUGGUGGUCAGCAAACAAAUGUUAAGUGCAUGCCGCCACCUACUGUACAAUCCAUUAUACUUUGUGAUAUGAUGAUACAAAUUUGGGGAAAAUAAAAAUUACCCUGCAAAUUAACCCUAAUUAAAACAGGAAUCCUCUCAGGAUCUCUCGCCCUGUACCCAUCUACUCUCUUUACUGCCUCAGCAUAUGACACCUUCUGUACUACUCUGAUCCUGGCAACCUCAACCUGUCUUUCUCUCACCGGACACCUCUGAUCUCCAACACCAUGGGCACCCCCACAGCUAACAACACACACAACUUUUUCUACCGAUUCUACACAUUCCUUUCUCAUGCCCACCUGCACACUUCUCACAUCUAGGAAUCUCCCUCCUACACACUGCUGCAACAUGACCAUAAGCUUGGCACCUAAAACACCGUAGUGGGUUUGGGACAAAAGCUCUCUUGGGAUAAAUUACACAUCCUAACUUGACCUUGUCAGGUAAAGACUCUGCAUCAAAAACUCAGCAGGACAGACAGUGUCCUCUCCGUUUCACCAUGCUCUCCACCGCGUCGCACCAAACAGCAGGUGUCACAGACACCGGGAAUCUUCCAUUUCAGUUGAUUCUCCUCCGCACUUAAUAUCACUCAUUUCAAAGACGCCCUGCUCCGGAGAGCAAAGCAAGUCACAGCUCUUGUCCUUAGUCGCGUUGUCCAGAGCGCCCGCUCCCUCUCGACAGAGGAAACGCAAAAUAUCUUCACGAGUCAACUUCGAGUUACUUUCACCAAUUCAACAGUCCCCAACCUCUUCUCCACCCAACCUGACACCACAUAUGGAUCUGCCAGAAGGCAAGGAUUUAUUCUCUCCAAACUGGGCCAGAAUUAUCUUUGUCAUCAUCAGGACGAGGCUCAAACUCAGCGGUCUUCAAUGCACCUGCCACUGCAGUUAGUUCAUCGUCACUCUCGUCACAUUAAAUUUCCUUCUGUAGCUCUUCCAAAGGUUCUGUGUGAUCCACCAUUCCAUAUUCACAAAAAUCACAUUUCUCCUUUUUUUUCCUGUCCGCCAUCUUCUCCAUCAGAUCUUCCAGAAGGCUUGUGUAUUCCCCACUCCAUAUCUCCUUCUUCCUUCUUCCUUCUUCCUUCUUCCUUCUUAUCCUGUUUCGGCAUGAGGGAAGUCGCAAAUUCCCACAAGAUACAGCAAUACUUUUUUUAUGUAAAACACAUGGGCUAAAAUAAUACCCUUGUAUUUCUCCUCCUAGUGUUUCAAUAGAGCCACAAGUGCAUAUCGCGGUGGACAUAACUUUCCUCUUACUCCUCCUCCUCAGGAGCAGAGCUGCAGACUGUUUAUUCUCCUACAUCUGGAUAUGCACUUAGUUGAUGUAAAACACCAGGAUGCCGUGACCUUGUGUAUAUGUUAAAGUGCAGACUGGUAAACUGGAAUGUUGUACAUCAUCGUGUAAAGUUUACUUUAAUCAUACCUGGGUUGUAUUCAUUUGGCUCUAAAACAGAAGAAAAUGGACAGAAACGGGGAGGGACUACAUGGAUUUUAGUUUUUUAAAGUUUUUGCAAAACGUUUUUAAACAUUUCCUAUUACAUGCCCUAAUGAAUACAACCCUGGCAUGAUGUAUGGACUGGCUGGCUACUCAUGCAUGGAAGAUUGAAGAAAGAAAUGGAGCUUGAAAUUGCUAUCGCAGUAAUGAAGUUAGUUCCAUGUGUGUCGUAGUCAAUGAGAUGCUUGUUGUUGUUUUUUAAGGUGUACAUUGUGUCUGUUGAUUGGUGGUUGCAAGUCUGAGGCUCAAUUGAUACCAAGCUAAUUAAACAUCAGAGACGUCGGCUUUGUAACGCAUCUGAGUUUGAUUCAGAAGGUCUGUUACAGGAUAGCCUACCAUGUAUACUGUAAGUAUAAAGCAACAAAGGGAGAAAACGUGCCCAGCUACACAUUGCUCCCAUUUGUUAAAGCAUAUCAAUGUUUUUUGGUUGGUUUGACCUAGUGUGCUAGUGGACACCACCUGAGACGAUGUGGAAACCACAUGUUUGACUGCUAGCCGGAACACCGUAUAGAAAAUACAUGGUUUCAAAUCCAACAGGUAGCCUACACCUGCGGAAGCCAAGCAGUAUUUUGAGACAAACCAUUUUACCUGUGUAGGCUUAUUUUUCACGCCACAAAUGUAUGCAUAUUAUGUUAUGACGAUCAUCACCAUACACACGGGAGACAUUACUGUAGACUCAUACCACCAUGAACUAGUUUUCCUCCAUUCAACCUAUAGAUACGGUUAGUUCUAUAUUGUGACAUUACUUACCUCACAAUAAGAUAUGCCAUUUAUGAUCACUUUGGAGUGAAAUGGAAAUUCAUUGCAGUUACAGACAUGGUAAGUGUUCCACAGCUGGUUCAGGUUAAGAAGAGUUGAAGGGCUUUUCAAUACAGAUGAAUCAUACUGUCUCGUAUUCUUUGAUCUGUGUUUCUUCUUCAUUCCUGCGUGUAUGUGCCGAGUGUGUUAUGAUACCGUAAAUUAUAUGUUAUAUGCUCAACCUCACUGGCUUUGUGGUCAGAGCGCUGUAAUGAAAACACACAAACCAUGUAUGGUUAGAGAGCAAGCCAAAUGCCACUGUGAGGUAAACCACAGCCUAGAGAAGGUUGCAGUCAAGUUGACGGCAAGGCAAGACCAAUGUCCCUCAAGGGUAUUCUAUUCAGUAAUUGGCAUAUUGUUGAACCUUGCUACAGUAGAUGCUUGUAUAAUUAUUCCUUUGAUGCACUGCUGGUUGGCAAUUUGCAGAUGGAUGGCUUGCUGUAUAUUGCUCUUAAUUCACUGGGAUAACUUUGUUUUGCUCAAAUUUAGAUGUGCAAAAGAGAAAACCUAGUCUGAUACUGUAGCUUCCAGUCAUGUUUGAUAUGAUUAUGUGAAGCCCUAUCUACUGAUCUCAUCCCAUAAUCUUCCCCAGGGCUCCAUUACUUUCUGUUCUAGAUUUCUAAUCUAGUAUAAGUAUAAUACGUUUUCCACAUAUUAUAGUUACUCAAAAGCCUUCCUUGAAUACCAUAUUAUUACUGUAAAGAUUCAACCUCUAACUAAGAGGAACAUCUCAGUCAAUGCACUUACACUAUACAGUUUAUGCAAAAGUAUGUGGACACCCCUUAAAAUUAGUGGAUUCGGCUAUUUCAGCCACACCCAUUGCUGACAGGUGUAUAAAAUCGAGCACAGAGCCAUGCACUCUCCGUAGACAAACAUUAGCAUUAGAAUGGCCUUACUGAAGAGCUCAGUGACUUUCAACGUGGCACUGUCAUUGGAUGCCACCAUUCCAACAAGUCAAUUCGUCAGAUUUCUGCCCUGCUAGAGCUGCCCAAGUCAACAGUAAGUGCUGUUAUUGUGAAGUGGAAACAUCUAUGAGCAACAACGGCUCAGUCGCGAAGUGGUAGGCCAGACACGAAUGGGACCGCCGAGUGCUGAUACACGUAGGGAAAUCUUAACGCUGUAGACAGCAGUUGACCAUUGUUGAGUUGUGUGGAACAGAGACAAUGGAAAACUAGGAGUCAGUAGAAGGUGGGGGAGGGGGUAAUUUAGAGCGACCACAUCCUCCCAAGUCAACAUGGUGGGAACCACUCCAGUGUGCUGCGUUUCUUUAAAGGAAGCCCCGGCUGUCAAGAGAACACAGGAAGAGACAGCUCCAGAAGAAAACGAGGCACAGACAUGUAAUCAGCUACUUUUUCAUUUAACUUUCCUGGCUGGCCUUCCUGCACCAUCCCCUAGCCUUGUUUGUGGAAGAGAAGAGAAGAGAAGAGAAGAAGGGAAGAGAAGAGAAGAGAAGAGAGGAGAGGAGAGGAGAGGAGAGGAGAGGAGAGGAGAGGAGAGGAGAGGAGAGGAGAGGAGAGGAGAGGAGAGGAGAGGAGAGGAGAGGAGAGGAGAGGAGAGGAGAGGAGAGGAGAGGAGAGGAGAGGUGCGUGUUCAAACCAGAAGCAACAAUGUUCUCCUACGCCAACAAGGUUUGCCUAUAAUCCCCAAUGCUCGUACCUCACAACUCUGGAAUAUGUAGAUAAUGUUGUAGUUUAUUUUUUUUACAGACACACAGAUGUAUUUUAUAAAAUGAAGGGAGGCGUCUCCUCUGGUCACACUAACAAAGGGACAGGUAUAAUCAUAGGGUUUAGGUUCACUUUGAACUGACACUGUAGUAACUGGUUGCUGGCAAGGCAGGUCAACAUUUUGGAGUGCUUAACACCAAUUUCAAAACAACAGUGAAAAUACACUUUAAACAAGGUUGUCAUGAAGGCUUAAUAUAGCCUUCAUAAGCUUCACACAUAAUAAGGCUUCUGCCACAUGGAGAUCAUGUAAGGACCUGUCAUAUCACCCUUUAUAUUAUGGUAUUUGCUUAUAAAUGGUUUGUGAAACAUCUACCCAGCUGUUAUAAAGGGCUAUGAAGCCUUCAUUAAGCUUCAAAGAUACAAUUGUGACCAAGUUGUUUGUGACCAAUCACUAUCAGUGAACCGAGGGUUGGGGUCAAAGGGGAGCAGGAACUGGAAGAUUUAUGUCCUGACACCAGAGGGUUCAAAGCAGGAACUCACAGCUGCCGCAAAGCCACCCAGCAGCUGGAACUCAUCUGCAUGACCUGGAAAAGCAGACCGUACUGUAUUCCUACGGGAUCAACACUGUCAGCAGGGACAUUCUGGUCUUCCCAGAUGACAGAUCUGUUCAGGCCUACAAAGAAAACCAUCAAUAUAUAAAAAGAUGAAGUCAUAUCGAAAGGAUUAGGCUGCUUUUCAAUGUGUCUGACACCUGACAGAGCAGUCGGGACAUCUUGCUCAUUUUGAACAAACGUAAGCUUACUUUCUGUAACAGUUUGGCUGGCAUUGAGUCUUUUUAGCUUUUGGAAAAGAGAGAGUUGAGUUGAAAUGACUCAUUUGUUUCCAUAAGCUCAUUUUGUAAGCUCUAGACUUUUGGCUGCAACAGUCUACUCUGAGUAUUUCCGCAUUAACCAGGGAAAAUCCAUAAAAUAGCCAUUCAUUUCCGCCUGCUGCAUCUGCCAGAUUCACUGGCAUUUGAUUGUGGUCCAGACUUUCCCCCUGAUUGUUCCAAGUUCGCGUAGAUGUGUGACAUGGUUUCAGUGUCGGAUGUUGCGGUUCACUGCUAUCUGGCUUUUGUUCCCCCUGAGGAACGUCUAACAGUCUGGUGAGUCUGCAGUACUAAGAACACAGCGAGACAUUCUCUCAUUCUCUUAGUCACCUAGAGAAAGUACACGCUGUAGAACAGGAGGAGAAAGCAAUCGACUGAGUGAGAAAUACUAGUGGUAAAUAUGCAUCAGACGAACUCCACAAAAAGGGGGGCAGCAUGCUCUUGCACCGUUGUCACGAUUAGCCGGUUUAUACAGUGUCUGCUGAAAGCACGGAACCUGUGAUGAAUUAAGCUGAUAGGGGAGGAAAAAGUGAACCACCCACUCCUUACCCUAGGCUGCACUGGGGUUUUUAAGACCGCCCAGCGAACCGCACUUCUCUCCCUGUAAACUUCAAACCCUCCCGACGCCCCCUUUCGAAACCCCAACAGGGAAAAUGGCACUUUCCAAACUCUGUGGUCUAUGGCUCAGCUAGACAUGGCCAGUCGGACGCUUUUUAUUCCUCUGUAGUUAACAGAAGUGUAUUUACACAGUUACAUUUUGUCAUGUGUAGAUAUAGUUAAGCUACUCUUGCCUGUAAUAAUAGCAAUAAUAAUAAUAAUAAUAAUAAUAAUAAUAAUACAUCUCAAUGGUUAGAGAAAUAAUACAUCUACGUGGUUAAGGAAAUGCAGUUACGACAUGAGAUCUGGGAUCUGGGAACCAAGGCAUUUUCCAUCAAAGUCAGUUACUGUUUUUCUGGGAUACAGUUUUUUUUUUCUUCUUCUUGUGAUUUGCAAAAACAUGUGUUUGGAUUCAUAUGAAGAUGAGUUUCUUCUUUGUUUGUUCCAGUGUUUUAUUGAUUCAAUUGAUCCAAACUUGCAUUUUUCACUGAGCAGCAGCCUGGAAACUGGUCAUUUAACGGGCACCCAAGUUUAAACAAAGGGUCAUUUAACGGGCACCCAAGUUUAAACAAAGUGCUCGCUUUAGUUAUGGACAGUACUUGGAGGCAGGACAGCAGAGCUUUAUCUCGGGACAUUCAGACUCGGCGAAUGUCUUACAGUAGAUAGAACAUAAACGAGCUGGAAACGGCCCGUCCACUUCCUACUGUCUACUGUCCACCGCCUACUGUCUCAAGAGCCUAGACUAGAGACAACACAGCUGGCUCCACAAAGAGGGCCAGAGAUAAAGAAUGAUGAUAAAAGGUGUGGCGAACCCUGCUGAGUGCCACGGGGUCGUUAUCCGUUAUCUCACGCGAGACAUGGUGCAGGGCAGGCUCUAUGGAUCAAUGCUGACAGGGAGGGGGAGGGGGUGUUCCAUUAACCCCAAAUGAGACCUAAGGGUGGGCGUCUGGUGGGGGUGCGGGGGGUUCCCAAGGGGGCGAUGAAGGGGGUGAAGUGUGUGUGUGUGGCUGAUGGGGGCGACUCAUAACCACAGACAUUCAACAUGGGCAGGAGAAAUACCUUGAAUUCUGGUACCCUCAAUUAUAAGAUUAGACAAUAGCCAUUACAUUUGAUCACUUAGCCAUAUUGUAGCUUAUCCAAGGCUGUAGUUUCCUUUUUAAUUUGAGAUGGCUAUGCAGUCCCCAUUGGUGCUAUCAGUGACAUCAUCCCACUGGCUCUCUAGUUAUCAUGGAAUUAUUUGCUUUAGUUUGAUCCAGUUCCCAAAAUAAGAGUAUUUGGUUCUCCUUGUCUGUUCUCUCCUCUAUUUGUUUAGUAGACCAGUGGUUCCCAAACUGUGGGGGUCGGCAGCGGGGGUGCGGGGGGGGGGACGCGGGGGUCUUGAACAUUUUAAUAGUAGAAUGCACAAGGUGCAAUUUCGAAAUUGGGUAGUGCAUCAUCAGUUUGCCUCUUGUCAUGUCAGUCAUUGCAGACCUUAGAGAGCUAUUAAUAACUUGUAAGAAAUGUCCAGAUCAACUAGCCCAUGUCAGCUAAUGUUUUUUUGCUAGGUUUUUUAGCCCAUAGAUUUUGUUGUAACGUUUGAGUCACUCAAAUACCACAUGAAUACACAUGGUAAGAUGUAUAGAAUUAGACAUUACAACAUUUAUAGAAUUACAAGAAAAUUACCUUUUAAAACUGCGAAAUGUUCACUGCACCCCGUGACAAAAUGGAUUGAAUUACAGGAUAUAAGCUUUAAACCUGCAAAAUGUUCUCUCCACCAACAACUUUGAUUUGAACAGUUUGUGUCAUGAACAGCGCUUGUCCCAUAGAAAUAGAGGUGACACGCAGGGGGUGCGGGAUGUUCCCCAAUGCUGGAAGGGGGUCCUGAGUGAAAAAGUUUGGAAACCCCUGUAGUAGACAACACAGUACUGUGAAGUCAGUAUUUCCGUCUACGGCAUCCAUCUUAGGAAGUCGACAGUUUCAGGCAAAACUCUGCCUGUGGUCGUUUUGUAUCUGUUGCGGAGUGAGAUAACAGAUGGUUCAUUUAGCAGAUGAGCUAAUCUAGAAUGAUCCGUUACCCCCACAGUGCCAAAGUGAUGACAUAGCCGACGGCUCAGGCUGUUCCUCCCAGUCAGAUCUCACAGCACACUGAGGAAAAUAAGCUAUAAGUGGAAACAUUUUAAAACUAUAAAAGUAGCGUCUUGUGAGAGCUGUUGGUCUGGUAGACAUGUUCCUCUGGCACUCCGACCAGUCUGAGGCGUGUUCAUGUCAAGGGGUUACCUAUAAAGCUCAGUGAUGCCACCUGGUGUUUAAAAUGAGAACAGGUAAAGGGCCUGCAAGUCACCUUUACUCCAUCAACUCAGACCGUUGAUAAGUUUGUUUAGGUUUUGUGUGUCAGUUGUCAUGACUACCUAGAAACACUCUCCUUUCCCCUGUAUCUCUCCAUCAGGUUGUUGCUUUGAAUGAGAAUGUGUUCUUUUCAGUCAACUUACUAACCUGGUAAGGUAGAGGUUCGAUAAAUAACGAAGUAGAUAAAUAUAAAUCAUAAUCAAUAAGUAUGUGGGUGCAACUGUGGAUAAAUUGUGUUAAAAACAUAUGGGAGCUUUUCUUGAUAUAGCCUACUUUCUGCUGCAUUUGGGGCAGUUAGACCAGGUAAACCCAUUAAGCUUUGUUGUAAAUUCGCAUAAGCACUCAAGAUGUUUUGUGUUUUAUAGUACACCAUUACUGUUUAAUAUCCCUUUUCCACAACUUUUCUGUGUGUGUAUUAAACUUUUAGUAUUUUAUUGGUAUAUCUAUGCGGAGAAAUUGUUUAUUGGUGGCUGGGUCAUUUUUUUGUGAGUCUGUGAGUCAGGUUUUCGAGGCAUUCCUUUUGGAGGAAAUUACCUCAUGUCUGACAGUGGGGAGACUUUACUACAACCGACAGUCACCUUUUCCAGAACCCUCUUUUGCCUGCAGUUGAACUGAGAUUUUAUCCAGUACAUAAUGGAAAACAUAUGUUCCACAUCACUGCUAAACACAGUUACCUGUUGUUGAUUUAUGAUACAGAAUAAUUAGAUUAUGUUACACUAACAUUGCAUUUAUUCUUCUGUGUUUAUGUGUCCAAUUGGGUUUGUGUUAAUUUUGUUGUUGGUGAUACUGCAUGCCAGUAAAGACAGCAAAAGGUUUUGCGAUGUCAGAGUCCAAGGAGGAAACCUGCAAUCUAUCAUGAAGCCACACAUGAAGCCAAUAGGAAGAGAGCUAUGAGAACAUGUUCACAAGCCACUAAAGAAGUCUGAAGUAUAACAUUUAACCAGGGCUUCGCUUUCAAUGACUAGUGUCUUCAUGUUGAUCUUUCUCAGUUCUGGACUGUAGCAUUUAUCACAUUUUUCAACAUGUAACAUCUAUUUUAAUGUACUAACCCAGAACGAGGCAUCCUCUUUGCCUUCUGCCUAUGAGUGUAGCAUCUAGCUAUAACACAUUGUACAAAUGAACAAUGACACCACAUCAUCUUUAAGGUGAAUUUUAAGAGCAGUGGUCUACAUUUUUGCGUUCAACUUCUUCCUGUCCCUGUUCUCAUCAAUUUAUUCACAGAAAAGCAGAUCUCUCUAAUAUGCUCCUCCCCAUCACAGUUCCUUUCUGUUGCUCACGUUCCCUCUCUGACCUUUCCUGUCUGACCUUUCCUCUCUGACCUAUCCUGUCUGACCUUUCCUGUCUGACCUUUUCCUGUCUGGCCUUUCCUGUCUGUCCCGCCCUCCACAGGAGAUGACCUGGGCUGCACGGUCGACGGCCAGGUGUACACCAACCGAGACAUUUGGAAACCAGAGCCAUGUCGGAUCUGCGUGUGCGACAGUGGCGCCGUCCUGUGCGACGAGAUCCAGUGCGAUGAGCUGUCCAACUGUGAGAAGGUGACCAUCCCCGAGGGCGAGUGCUGUCCCAUCUGCCAGAGCGAGGGCAGCACAGACACCAGUGGCAACGGCAGACCUGGUGAGCGGUCGGAAAGCGUAACCCGAAAUUUGUAGUAACCCGAAGUCAUGACAAAGGCAUAUUUUUCUUAUGAGAGAACCCAGUGUGAACUGUCAUUGAAUGUGUAACUACUAAUGUAACUACAUAUUAUUAUAUUAGGUGCCAUUACAGUGACUUGCGAAAGUAUUCACCCCCUUGGCAUUUUUCUUAUUUUGUUGCCUUAUAGCCUGGAAUUAAAAUGGAUUUUUUGGGGGGUUUGUAUCAUUUGAUUUACACAACAUGCCUACGACUUUGAGGAUGCAAAGUAUAUUUUAUUGUGAAACAAACAAGAAAUAAGACAAAAAAACAGAACAUGAGCGUGAAUAACUAUUCACCCUGCCUAAAGUCAAUACUUUGUAGAGCCACCUAUUGCAGCAAUUACAGCUGCAAGUCUCUUGGGGUAUGUCUCUAUAACCUUGGCACAUCUAGCCACUGGGAUUUUUGCCCAUUCUUCAAGGCAAAACUGCUCCAGCUCCUUCAAGUUGGAUGGGUUCUGCUGGUGUACAGCAAUCGUUAAGUCAUACCACAGAUUCUCAAUUGGAUUGAGGUCUGGGCUUUGACUAGGCCAUUCCAAGACAUUUAAAUGUUUCCCCUUAAACCACUCGAGUGUUGCUUUAGCAGUAUGCUUAGGGUCAUUAUUCUGCUGGAAGGUGAACCUCCGUUCCAGUCUCAAAUCUCUGGAAGACUGAAACAGGUUUCCCUCAAGGAUUUCCCUGUAUUUAGCGCCAUCCAUCAUUCCUUCAAUUCUGACCAGUUUCCCAGUCCCUGCCGAUGGUGUUCUCGGGGUGAUGAGAGGCGUUGGGUUUGCGCCAGACAUAGCGUUCUCCUUGAUGGCCAAAAAGCUCAAUUUUUGUCUCAUCUGACCAGAGUACCUUCUUCCAUAUGUUUGGGGAGUCUCCCACAUGCCUUUUGGCGAACACCAAAUGUGUUUGCUUAUUUAUUUCUUGAAACAAUGGCUUUUUUUCUGGCCACUCUUCAGUAAAGCCCAGCUCUGUGGAGUGUAUGGCUUAAAGUGGUCCUAUGGACAGAUACUCCAAUCUCCGCUGUGGAGCUUUGCAGCUCCUUCAGGGUUAUCUUUGGUCUCUUUGUUGCCUCUCUGAUUAAUGCCCACCUUGCCUGGUCCGUGAGUUUUGUUGGGCAGCCCUCUCUUGGCAGGUUAUUUUUUAAUAAUGGAUUUAAUGGUGCUCUGUGGGAUGUUUAAAGUUUCGGAUAUUUUUUUAUAACCCAACCCUGAUCUGUACUUCUCCACAACUUUGUCCCUGACCUGUUUGGAGAGCUCCUUGGUUUUCAUGGUGCCGCUUGCUUGGUGGUGCCCCUUGCUUAGUGGUGUUGCAGACUCUGGGGCCUUUCAGAACAGGUGUAUAUGUACUGAGAUCAUGUGACAGAUCAUGUGACACUUAGAUGCACACAGGUGGACUUUAUUUAACAAAUUAUGUGACUUCUGAAUGUAAUUGGUUGCACCAGAUCUUAUUUAGGGGCUUCAUAGCAAAGGUGAUGAAUACAUAUGCACGCACCACUUUUCCGUUAUUUAUUUCUUUGAAUUUUUUGAAACAAGUUAUUUUUUUUCAUUUCACUUCACCAAUUUGGACUAUUUUGUGUAUGUCCAUUACAUGAAAUCCAAAUAAAAAUCCAUUUAAAUUACAGGUUGUAAUGCAACAAAAUAGGAAAAACUCCAAGGGGGAUGAAUACUUUUGCAAGGCACUGUAUGUCUCAUCUCAAAAUAAGUAGCAACGUAUGGCAGGCCCCUGUUUGUCUUGUAAAGUAAACAUAAAUCUAUGUGCACCAUCUCCAUGUCAACCCAGUGCUUUACUAUGAAGAAAAUAAGAGUUAACUCCACUAAUGACAAUGCAGUAAAUGUAGACUAGAGGCUUUUGUAAGAUAAUUCUUUGUUAAUGUCUGUUCUGUCAUUUUCAGACGGUGGCAGAGUCUACAGGGUAAGCUUUAGGAUCUCCAUGUGAUUAUUAAACAUAUUUACAAUAUCUUAUGACUAACUUGAUUUCAACGGUAAAGCAACAUCUGUCAUCUUGCUCUUUGUUUAUAGGGUCAGAAAGGAGAACCUGGAGAUGUACCGCAGGUGACUGGGAUCAGAGGUCGUCCUGGGCCUAUGGUAAGCUUACAGGUCACUUUGUUUUCAGAGUCUAUUAUAAACUGAGUUUGUGAUGUGGUGCUUUGUCGAGAUUCACCAACAUAUAGCGUUAAGGUUUACGUUUUUUUAACAGUUGUUUUUCACUUGUGGUGUGGAUUUUGUAAGACUCUUUGAGUCAACUCUAGAUGGCAGAAGAGCACAGUUACCUAUAACUUGACCUGAAAGGAUUCCUGUGUAGUGCAACUGUACUUGACAUAGCAUCAAUAAUGACUUUGCGCCAGUUCAGUGAUGAUGUCAUCAUGUGAUUAAUGAAGAGACACUAGUGUGGCUUUUUUCAUCCGUUCUUUUUGUCCCACAACAGGGGCCUCCCGGGUCGCCUGGAUUCAGAGGGGACAGAGGCCAGACUGGAAGACCUGUACGUUCCAAACAUGACUUGUGAAAACACACAAACAUCUAGGAUGCAUAUACAUCAUGCUGUAGCUACGCUGGAGUUCUGUAAUGUAUACUUAUUUACAUUGGCACAUUGACAAUAAAUGUAAAAAGAAACAGUGAGUUUCAAUUAAAGUCGGAUCUUUGCCAAAUCUCAAAGUCCUUUAUCAUUCCUUUUCCUGGGUCUAACCCAAUAGUAUGAUCACCCACCCCUUUUCUGUGACACCCCCUCCGAAGUGAUCCAUUUGGCCCCAACUUUCCAGUCCACACAGAGCUUGUCUUAUAAAAAGACAAUGUCAUGUAGCUUGAUUUGGAAAAUAUGUUUAAGGCAUAUUCACUCUUUAUAUAAUGGCAGGUAUAACACAGUCUUCAUGCUAUCUCCAGGCUGAGACAUGAUAAUAAACCUUCUACUCAGUUUCAAUUGAAUUAGGAUAUUUCAGAGAAGCAACUAAUGUAUGUGAUUAUGAACAGAAGAUAAUUACAGUGGGGAAAAAAAGUAAUUAGUCAGCCACCAAUUGUGCAAGUUCUCCCACUUAAAAAGAUGAGAGGCCUGUAAUUUUCAUCAUAGGUACACGUCAACUAUGACAGACAAAAUGAGAAGAAAAAAAUCCAGAAAAUCACAUUGUAGGAUUUUUUAUGAAUUUAUUUGCAAAUUAUGGUGGAAAAUAAGUAUUUGGUCAAUAACAAAAGUUUCUCAAUACUUUGUUAUAUACCCUUUGUUGGCAAUGACACAGGUCAAACGUUUUCUGUAAGUCUUCACAAGGUUUUCACACACUGUUGCUGGUAUUUUGGCCCAUUCCUCCAUGCAGAUCUCCUCUAGAGCAGUGAUGUUUUGGGGCUAUGGCUGGGCAACACGGACUUUCAACUCCCUCCAAAGAUUUUCUAUGGGGUUGAGAUCUGGAGACUGGCUAGGCCACUCCAGGACCUUGAAAUGCUUCUUACGAAGCCACUCCUUCGUUGCCCGGGCGGUGUGUUUGGGAUCAUUGUCAUGCUGAAAGACCCAGCCACGUUUCAUCUUCAAUGCCCUUGCUGAUGGAAGGAGGUUUUCACUCAAAAUCUCACGAUACAUGGCCCCAUUCAUUCUUUCCUUUACACGGAUCAGUCGUCCUGGUCCCUUUGCAGAAAAACAGCCCCAAAGCAUGAUGUUUCCACCCCCAUGCUUCACAGUAGGUAUGGUGUUCUUUGGAUGCAACUCAGCAUUCUUUGUCCUCCAAACACGACGAGUUGAGUUUUUACCAAAAAGUUAUAUUUUGGUUUCAUCUGACCAUAUGACAUUCUCCCAAUCCUCUUCUGGAUCAUCCAAAUGCACUCUAGCAAACUUCAGACGGGCCUGGACAUGUACUGGCUUAAGCAGGGGGACACGUCUGGCACUGCAGGAUUUGAGUCCCUGGCGGCGUAGUGUGUUACUGAUGGUAGGCUUUGUUACUUUGGUCCCAGCUCUCUGCAGGUCAUUCACUAGGUCCCCCCGUGUGGUUCUGGGAUUUUUUGUGAUCAUUUUGACCCCACGGGGUAAGAUCUUGCGUGGAGCCCGAGAUAGAGGGAGAUUAUCAGUGGUCUUGUAUGUCUUCCAUUUCCUAAUAAUUGCUCCCACAGUUGAUUUCUUCAAUCCAAGCUGCUUACCUAUUGCAUAUUCAGUCUUCCCAGCCUGGUGCAGGUCUACAAUUUUGUUUCUGGUGUCCUUUGACAGCUCUUUGGUCUUGGCCAUAAUGGAGUUUGGAGUGUGACUGUUUGAGGUUGUGGACAGGUGUCUUUUAUACUGAUAACAAGUUCAAACAGGUGCCAUUAAUACAGGUAACGAGUGGAGGACAGGGGAGCCUCUUAAAGACGAAGUUACAGGUCUGUGAGAGCCAGAAAUCUUGCUUGUUUGUAGGUGACCAAAUACUUAUUUUCCACCAUAAUUUGCAAAUAAAUUCAUAAAAAAUCCUACAAUGUGAUUUUCUGGAGAAAUAAAUUCUCAAUUUGUCUGUCAUAGUUGACGUGUACCUAUGAUGAAAAUUACAGGCCUCUCUCAUCUUUUUAAGUAGGAGAACUUGCACGAUUUUUUUUUUUUAUCAAUGGCUUUCAUUGUCGUGCUCAAAUAGAAUACAGUAUCCUCAAAGAUAAUCAACAGUACAUGACAUGCUAAAGAUUUUAGACAAACAAUUAUAUACUGUGCACUGUGUGGAUAUUGUACUCUUUGAUGAAAAAACACUGUGAUAAAAAAAAGUCAACACACCAUUUAUUUUACAUUAUCAUUAGAAUGGGCUCCCGAAAGACCCAUUCCGCAAACGUGUUCAUUCCAUUUAAAUUCAGUUCGCAAACAAAAACCUAAAUGAUAAAUGAAUACGCCCCCCUCAUUGGAAUGCUGAAGCUGUUGAGGGCAUACAUUUAGCAGAACAUCAUGAAUAUUUAUGAUUUAUUACAUAAUAUGUCCUUCGUCUGCCUCUCAUGUUAGGUUUGUCAAGCAUAAGCUGUAAUGAUUUAUUUCUUCUCAUUGUGGCCAUUUUCAUCAUCCACUGUUAUUGUGUAUCAACUAGAAAACAUGCGUUUAGAACACAAGGCAACAUGAAUGUCGACACAUUAUUUUACUAAACAUAAACGGAGAUCCAUAACUCAGGGGUCACUGAUAUCAAUACAUGAGUUGAGAAAAAAUUUGGUUUACACAGUAACAAGUUACGAUUUGGCACUUAAUGAAUGACACAGUAUUUUACCUGUAAUGAGUUGCUUCAUCCUGCUUAUAUUAACAUGACAUUAUCUAUCUAAAGGGGCAGCGUGGACCAGCAGGAUAUGACGGAGAGCCUGGUGUGCCUGGAAACCCAGGAGAGCCAGGGCCUGCAGGAAACCAAGGUCCUCCAGGAGUAUGUACCACAAUACCUACCCCUCAUAAACAUGUAUCAUCUCAAAUGUAACCCUUUAUAAAGGCAACGUUAUUGUUAAGCGUUACCCUCAUAUAGUGAAUUCUCACUAGCUAGCUUUGACACUGUGCUGGAUUGGCAAUGGAUAAAUUCAAUGCCAAACAUGUUAGUCAUGUUUUUACAAUCAAUAGUUCUAUUAACGUCGUGCUACCAGUGGGGUUAAAUGAUACCCUCCAAAAUGUACAUAAAUGUGUAUAUACAGUAUAUUUUUUAAAGGAUAUAUCCAUGCGCAAAAGUGUUCCAUACAGAGGUGGAAUCAUCUCUCCCUGUGCUGUUCCACUGUUACCUUCACUGGUAAGAUAUUUAGAAGGUAGAGAUCAGACCAAUUGCUCAUUUAUGGAAAGACUUUCUCUGUGAAAGUGUGUGUGAUCGUGUGAAGACGUUAAUUGUUAUCAGGGUCAAAGAACGUCAGCUUUCCUCCAUCCCAGUCCAGCAUCAUUCUGAUCCUCUGGGGCAUCUGUGUCACUGUGAGAAUGAUGUGCUCCUCAGGUAUGGACAGGAUGCUGUAAACACCUCCCGUUAAUGUACUGCUCUUAACCUCCACCACCCAGCUGUGUAUCCCUGAGUCGAAGCCCUCAGAGCCCAGAACCCCUUCGUGGUGAUUGAACCUCUCUGGGUUGUCAGGUUGAGGAUCCGUCUGGUCAGUCUCAAAACAGAGAGAGUCUCUGAGUCGAAACCUUACCAGGUCAUGAUACACCAGCAGGUCUGGGUGGGCAGUGUUUGGGUCCAGGGUCACAGGAAAGUAUGGCACAAUCCCCUGCAGCUUCUCCCAUAUUCUGAACUGCAGGUUGCCCAGGUGAUUGCCCACGUUUAUUAGUGAUCCUGAGUGCAGCUGUGGAUCCGCUAGUGUGGACUGGGAUCUGGCCAUGUAUAGAAUGUCCUUGUAUCUCUGCAGGAAGGGGAUGUGGUCACCCUCUAGACACUCCUCUACGGCUCUGAUCGGAUCUGAAAGAUUUGAGAUAACUUUGGUCAUCUCUUCAGUCUUCUUAUUUACCAUCCAAAUUGUCUCCUCUUCCUCCCUCAGAGCACAUAUCCUGGCCUCCUCUUCAUCUAGUAGAAUUUUCCGAAGAUCAUCAAACUCUAUCCUGAUCUGCAUGUGUGUAAAAUCUUAAUGUACUUUGCUGUUUGAUCACAGGUUACUUUGGCUUCAGUAAAAAGACCCAGCUUCUCCUUCAAGGUCUCCAGUUCAACCUUUUUCCUUGUGUUCUUGGACAUCAUCUAUGGGACAGAACUUGUGGCCUGUGCGUGUUCUUGAAUCCUGACACACCAAACAGACAGGAUGUUGAUCCCCCCAGACAGAAGAGCUUGAGUUUCUUUUUGUGCCGAGUGCAGAGUCUCUCAGACCCGGCUGCAUCUCUGGAUCUCUGCCUCUGCUGUAGGAAGCCCUCACACAGCCUCUUCAGGGUAAGGCUCACUGCUGGAAAAGGCAUUGAGGAGAUCCUCCUGCAGACUGGACACUCCUGGUCUUCCUUACGUUUUCCAGUACUCCUCGAGGCACGUUUUUCUGGCGCUGUGGCUACUGUACAAAACCACAGGAUCCCUGAAGAUGUCACAGCACACAGGACAGGAGAAAUCAUCUUCUAGAAUCUGGCCUAUUGAGAAACAUAGUAUGGAAACAAGAAAAACACACCUGGCUGUUACCUGGCCUAUUGAGAAACAUAUUAUGGAAACAAGAAAAACACACCUGGCCGUUACCUGGCCUAUUGAGAAACAUAGUAUGGAGACAGGAAAAACACACCUGGCUUUUACCUGGCCUAUUGAGAAACAUAGUAUGGAGACAGGAAAAACACACCUGGCCGUUACCUGGCCUAUUGAGAAACAUAGUAUGGAGACAGGAAAAACACACCUGGCUUUUACCUGGCCUAUUGAGAAACAUAGUAUGGAGACAGGAAAAACACACCUGGCCGUUACCUGGCCUAAUGAGAAACAUAGUAUGGAGACAGGAAAAACACCUGGCCGUUACCUGGCCUAUUGAGAAACAUAGUAUGGAGACAGGAAAAACACACAUGGCCGUUACCUGGCCUAUUGAGAAACAUAGUAUGGAGACAGGAAAAACACACCUGGCUGUUACCUGGCCUAUUGUAAUGCUUAGUGGCCUCUGAGUUUCAUGUUGAAUAUCCAAUACUGUAAAUCACUGUUCUGUUUCCCCAGGGACUGGGAGCUCAGAUGGCUGGAGGCUUUGGGGAUGAGAAAUCAGCCGGCCAAACGGCCAUGGUGCCAGGAACUAGGGUAAGAAGGGUGCAGUGGAAACAUCUUAGGUCACACAAGUUUCUUGUGCCGUAUUUCUUUACUAUGGCUUGGAUCAUUUAACUUAUGUGCUGAUGUUGGUGUAUUUUUGGAAUUUGUUGAACUGUGGGGCUCAUACUGUUUCUGAUUCUGUGUGCAAUUAUGCAAUGUGUGUUUUAGGGAGAGUCAGGAGCAAGAGGACCUCCUGGGCCAAAUGGAAACCCUGUAAGUUAAAAACUACUCAUGAAAAUAAUAUUUAAAACAAUUAUAUUUGGAGCAAGCCGUUCACUCUGUUUGUUCUCUCUCUCUCUCUCUCUCUCUCUCUCUCUCUCUCUCUCUCUCUCUCUCUCUCUCUCUCUCUCUCUCUCUCUCUGUCUGUCUGUCUGUCUGUCUGUCUGUCUGUCUGUCUGUCUGUCUGUCUGUCUGUCUGUCUGUCUGUCUGUCUGUCUGUCUGUCUGUCUGUCUGUCUGUCUGUCUGUGUCUCUCUCUCUCUCUCUCUCUCUCUCUCUCUCUCAGGGCCAUUCUGGACCACAAGGAGCCCCUGGGGAAGUCGGUGAUCCAGGUCACAUGGUAUGAUAACAUUCUCCUUGUCAUGUUUCUGGUCCGGUGUUCCCUGUUUGUUGCGACCAUUCUCAACAAAGUGUCUAUAAAGAAUAGCACCUUGAGUCAUGUUGGCACCACAGUAGUCACAUCCAUCUUCUUGAAAACAAACAACACAAAAGAAUAUGUGCAACUGUUUAUGUUGACCAUUUAAUCUCCUGGUAACACUUUACAUACAGCUAACAGGUAUAAUAUAUUAUGAUGCCGUUCUAAUGCAUUGUAGCACAUGCAAUUAGCAUGUAUGACCCCCUUAUAUAAUGUCUUAUCAUAAUCUUCUGUUGUAGGGUCCAUCUGGACAAAGGGGACCUGAAGGGCCACCUGGAAAGCCAGGUGAAGACGUGAGUAAACUCUCAUCUCUGUUCACCAGAUGUACUGACGCCAACCUUUAUAUCAAAUACAUGGUUUUAAUGGACUGGUGGUAAUGUCAGUGGCCUCAUGAUGAGUCUGUUGUGAAGAAUGCUGGUUUGAAAUGUAGGUCCGCCAUGGCAAAGAUGGACUGCAUUCCAUAUGCUCUGUGUCACAAUAACCUUCCCAACAGAAACAAUCUCAAAAGACAUGAACAUACUAGAUAGAAGGCUUGCUAACCUCAACCCUGAUGUGUAAGAAACACCAGCCUUUAUACUUUUAGUAAAUGGCACUGUUGCUCAUCUAUUGUGAUGUCAUCCUAGGGAGAAGCAGGGAAAGCUGGAAAUUCAGGAGAGAUGGGUUUCCCUGGAUCAGCGGUAAGUUAUAUAUCAAUAGAAGUGUUACGCUUGAAAUUAUUACUAAAAUGACUGGAAUACUGUACUCAAAUACCAUGCAAUGUAUUUCAGGGAGCUAGAGGAUUUCCAGGGACACCUGGGCCUCCAGGACUGAAAGGCCAUAGAGUAAGUACAACAGCCCCAAUAUUAUUAUAUUGCCUAUGUAGAGCUCUGAGCUAACGCCAUCAUUAAAACACCAUACAAAUGAAAUAUUACUAUUAUUAUUAUUAUUGUUGUUGUUAAUGGAGAAAUACACAUUCCUUCUUUCAGGGUCACGCAGGUCCAAUGGGUCUAAGAGGAGAAACUGGAACUGUAGGAUCCAAGGUAGAACAUCUACAUAUUAUAUUAUAACUGACUGCUUUUAUAACUGACAGUGAUAUUCAUCUACAUAUUAUGUUAUAACUGACUGGUUUUAUGAUUCAUAUAGACACAAUAGUUAUUUCUAGUCAUGAUACAUCAGUUUCGUAUAUAUAAUAAGUAUAGCUAUGCAUACUGUAGAUCAGGGUGUCAAACUCAUUCCAUGGAGGGCCGAGUGUCUGCAGGUUUUCUUGAAAUUAAGACCUAGACAACCAGGUGAGGGGAGUUCCUUACUAAUUUGUGACAUUCAUUUUUGUUGUAUUUAUUAAGGAGCCCCAUUAGCUGCUACUCUUCCUGGGGUCCAGCAACAUUAAGGCAGUUAUACAACAUUAAGGCAGAUCUACAAUAUUAAGGCAGAUCUACAAUAUUAUGGCAGUUCUACAAUAUCAAGGCAGAUCUACAAUAUCAAGGCAGUUAUAUACAAUACAAAAUAUUACAUUACAAUUCAUAACACUUUUCACAACACAUCAAGUGUGUGCCCUCAGGCCACUACUCUACUAUCACAUAUCUACAACACAAAAUGUGUAUGUGUGUAUAGAGUGUGUGUGUGUGUUAUCAUGUGUAUGUGUGUGUCUGUGUCUUAACUCAUCAAUCAAGCACAAGGGUGGAGCGAAAAACCGCAGACACUCGGCCCUCCGUGGAAUGAGUUUGACACGUGCUGUGGAGUAUUGCAAAGCAUGUAUUGAUGAAUGCAAUGUUUCUGUCAUUGAUCUUUUAGGGUGCAUUAGGUCCCACUGGUCCGAUUGGCACACCUGGCCCUAUGGUAAGUGGAACAUAUUUUAAAUAUACAGUAUUGUGUACUAACAACUUAUGCUGUCUCUGACAAAAUGCAAUUUUAAGCAAAGACCACUGAGAUAAAGAGAGCAACUGUUAUGUUGAUAGCAAUUUACUAUUGGUUCUUUUAGAAGUUACUCCUCAACUUCUGCACCAAUCAAAAAAGAUAAGAAAGGUGAAAGUAAAAUGGUGGAUGCCUACCUGGUGUUGGCUUUGACCAGUCCAGAUUCUUCAUAGUGUAAUGCAGAAUAAUGAAGGGAGUCAAGCAGAGGAAGCCAGUAUGUGGAUGCAGCACAUGACCAGAAGCUGUACUGCUAGAUUACCUUUGGCUUUAAUUUCUUUCAGCUGUCUAAAAUAAACAAUGCAAUAUGCAUAACUAACAGGCAUAGUUAAAUGAAUACAUUAUUUAAAAAUGCAAUGACAAAAUUUUUUUCAAAUGAUGAAUUCCUGUUAGUAGAAGCCUAUUUAAUAAGACAUGAAGCAAUGGUAUUGCUUCAUGGUUGCUCUGGAGUAGCAGUUGGACCUAUUUGUAGGACUGUAGAACAGUGCUUCAUGGUUGCUCUGGAGUAGCAGUUGGACCUAUUUGUAGGACUGUAGAACAGUUUAGUCCUAGUGUAUCAAAUCACUGCCAAUUAACACCUCCUUUCUUCACCUUUUUACUUUAACUUUUUUUUUUGUUACAUUUAUUUGUUUAUUGCUGUGCCACUGUAAAAGUAAUCAUGAUGUAUUGCUUCGUAGGGCCCUAGAGGCAUGCCUGGGGAGAGAGGCCGCUUAGGAGCUAACGGAGUACCAGUAAGAAUGAUAACUUAUAAUAAAGUGCAUUAUUCCACACAGCCCUUAAUAGCGUUCUCUGAUGCAUCGCUCCUUUUUCAAAUCAAAUCAAAUCAGAUUUCAUUUGUCACAUACACGUGUUUAGCAGUUGUUAUAGCGGGUGAAGCGAAAUGCUUGUGCUUCUAGCUCCGACAGUGCAGUAAUAUCUAACAAUUUUCACAACAUAUACACACAAAAAAAAGUAAGGAAUGGGAUUUAAGAAUAUAUACAUAUAUGGACAAGCAAUGCCAGAGCGGCAUGGACUAAGAUACAGAAGAUUAUUAUAGAAUAGAAUGCAGUAUAUACAUAUGAGAUGAGUAGUGCAAGAUAUGUAAACAUUAUUAUUUAUUAUUAUUUAUUAUUAAAGUGACUAGUGUUCCAUUUCUUAAAGUGGCCAUAUAUACUGUGCAAGGGUAUACAAUGAAUGUCUCAAGAUAACAAGCUACAGUGGCUUGCGAAAGUAUUCACCCCACUUGGCAUUUUUCCUAUUUCAUUGCCUUACAACCUGGAAUAAUAAAAAAUAAAAACUUGGGGGUUGUAUCAUUUGAUUUACACAACAUGCCUACCACUUUGAAGAUGCAAAAUAAUUUUUAAGCUUGGCACAUCUAGCCACUGGGAUUUUUGUCCAUUCUUCAAGGCAAAACUGCUCCAGCUCCUUCAAGUUGGAUGGGUUCCGCUGGUGUACAGCAAUCUUUAAUUCAUACCACAGAUUUUCAAUUGGAUUGAGGUCUGGGCUUUGACUAGGCCAUUCCAAUACAUUUUAAAUGUUUUCCCUUAAACCACUCAAAUGUUGCUUUAGCAGUAUGCUUAGGGUCAUUGUCCUGCUGGAAGGUGAACCUCCGUCCCAGUCUCAAAUCUCUGGAAGACUGAAACAGGUUUCCCUCAAGAAUUUCCCUGUAUUUAGUGCCAUCCAUCAUUCCUUCAAUUCUGACCAGUUUCCCAGUCCCUGCAGAUGAAAAACAUCCCCACAGUGAAGCAUGGUGGUGGCAGCAUCAUGCUGUGGGGAUGUUUUUCAUGGUGUUCUUGGGUUGAUGAGAGGUGUUGGGUUUGCGCCAGACAUAGCGUUUUCCUUGAUGGCCAAAAAGCCAUCUGACCAGAGUACCUUCUUCCAUAUGUUUGGGGAGUCUCCCACAUGCCUUUUGGUGAACACCAAACAUGUUUGCUUAUUUUUUUCUUUAAGCAAUGGCUUUUUUCUGGCCACUCUUCUGUAAAGCCCAGCUCUGUGGAGUGUACGGCUUAAAGUGGUCCUAUGGACAGAUACUCCAAUCUCCGCUGUGGAGCUUUGCAGCUCCUUCAGGGUUAUCUUUGGUCUCUUUGUUGCCUCUCUGAUUAAUGCCCACCUUGCCUGGUCCGUGAGUUUUAGUGGGCUGACCUCUCUUGGCAGGUUUGUAGUGGUGCCAUAUUCUUUCCAAAAAAAUUUUUACAAUGGAUUUAAUGGUGCUCUGUGGGAUGUUUAAAGUUUCCGAUAUUUUUUUAUAACCCAACCCUGAUCUGUACUUCUCCACAACUUUAUCCAUGACCUGUUUGGAGAGCUCCUUGGUCUUCAUCAGGGUUCUUCAAUUCCGGUCCUGGAGGGCCGAAACACUUCUGUUUUUUAUUUCUACCUGGUAGUUAAUUGCACUCACCUGGUGUCCCAGAUCUGAAUUAGCCCCUGAUUAGAAGGAGAGGAUGAAAAACAGAGAUGUUUCGGCCCUCCAGGACCGGAAUUGAAGAACCCUGGUCUUCAUGGUGCUGCUUGCUUGGUGGUGCCCCUUGCUUAGUGGUGUUGCAGACUCUGGGGCAUUUCAGAACAGGUGUAUGUAUACUGAGAUCAUGUGACACUUAGAUUGCACACAGAUGGACUUUAUUUAACUAAUUAUGUGACUUCUGAAGGUAAUUGGUUGCACCAGAUCUUAUUUAGGGCCUUCAUAGCAAAGGGGGUGAAUACAUAUGCACGCACCACUUUUCCAUUAUUUAUUUCUUAGAAUUUUUUGAAACAAGUUUUUUUUAAUUUUUUUUCACUUCACCAAUUUGGACUAUUUUGUGUAUGUCCAUUACAUGAAAUCCAAAUAAAAUCCAUUUAAAUUACAGGUUGUAAUGCAACAAAAUAGGAAAAACUCCAAGGGGGAUGAAUAUUUUUGCAAGGCAAUGUAUUGUUAUGUUCACCUAGAGUGCUCAAUUAUUUAUUCAAAUAUAUUUUACGGUCAUAUAGAGUCUUUGACUAGUGCACAGAAUACACAUUUCCGAUGUAUGUCUUUACAAGAAUUGACGAUUGUAUUCCUACGUGAAUCCAAUUAAUUAUUUGUUUUUUAUGGUAGGGUAUGAAAGGUCCUCCUGGGAACAUUGGUAAACCAGGUCCGAUGGUAAGACAACCAGACGUAUCUCAUUAUCUACUGUGUAUGAAAUUCAUAGAAUAACUGGAGUUGCUACUAGCAUAUUACAGCUUUUCAGCAAUUCAUAAAUUAAACUUUUCUGGUUUUAUGCUUGCAGGGUCCGUUAGGUAUCAAUGGUCCUCCAGGAUAUCCAGGAAUUCCAGGAAUGAAGGCAAGUAGAACAUAAAGUAUUCAAGCCAUGUUCAAAUCUACGUGAUAUAAAUAGUGACUUCGGAGGUUGUAUAUGUAAUGUUGUAUACAGCAUGUUGUAUAUGUAACCUAAUAACAGAUAUAGCUAGCUAAUAAGGUAAUGCAGGUCUAUAUACAUAAAAUGGACUCAUUGAGGAUUUCUGUUUCUACUCUCCAGGGCCAACCAGGUGCCACAGGAGUGCGGGGCCCUGAGGGGCAACAGGGCCAGAGGGGUGAGACAGGACACCAAGGCAGGGCAGGGGCAACUGGCCUACAAGUACGGCUCUUAUUUCUAACACCUGCUCUAUUUAUUAAAGGUCCAAUGCAGCCAUUUUUAUCAAUUUAAGUACCUUACUGUGAUUUUUUUUUCACUGAAAAUGGUCAAAAAGAAACAAAAAUAGCUUCUAGCAAAGAGUAAUUUCUCAAUUUUGCUAGGACUGUCUCGGAGUGGUCUGAGUAGGGAGGGGAAAACUGAAAACUAGCUGUUAUUGGCAGAGAGGUUUGGAACUCUCUUUCAUAUUGGUCUAUCUACUAAUGAUGGUGAUGUCACCAGGCAGACCAAAACUCCAUCCCAUCAAAACAGGCAGAAAUUUCAGGCGGUCUUUUCAAACAGCUCUUUACACUAAAAGGCAUUAUCAUGAUUUUCACAAUUUCACAGUAUUAUUCCAACCUCAUAGUGUGAAAAUAUAUAUAAAACACAGGAAAAUCACGUUUUUGACAGCACUGGGCCUUUAACAUGCUUAUAUGGUGCAAUGCAUUAUGGUAAUGCACAUAAGACUUGAUUAAUAUGACAUAUUUGCAAUUUCUAGGGUCCUUCAGGAACUGACGGUGGCCCAGGUACUAAGGGUCCAGUGGUAUGUAUAUUAUCAUUAAUCGAGUACUCCUAAUUUCCCAUUAAAUAAUUUGUUGUUAAACAUAAUUGUAAUUUCAAAUAGUAUACCUAAAGUAUUUAAAGACGUAUAUGAUCAAGAUUGAGGUGUAUUGAGAGAUGCUCCUGUUGUUUUGUAGGGUAGCAUGGGUGUACAGGGUCCCGGGGGUCACCUGGGACCCCAUGGUCCACCAGGACCUCAGGGAAGCACUGGACAGCCUGGGAUCAAAGGUCAACUGGUAAUGUUGCGUCUGUUUACUUUGGAUAAAAGUAUUUUUUUUUCUGCUCAUGCGAGGUCCAGACAUUCAUGUACCUUAUACAUGUAUAAAUACACUGUCAAUGUUAUGACAUGCACGCUCUAGACAUAAACAUCGCUCGGUGUUACUUUGACCUUUACCGAAGCAUACACGACAUGGCCCAGAGCGCCUUCUAAGCAAUGUACCAUUACUGCAAAAUAGUUGUUUUGACUGUUUGACAAGGGGAUGGGAAUAUUGUUUUUCAUUUUUUUGAUGCAUUAUCUAUAAUAAAAUGUGACUUGUGAUAUACUUAUGCCUCUCACAUUUUUGUUUCAGGGAGAUGUUGGUGUACCUGGGUACAAAGGAGAGGCCGGACCCAAAGGAGAAUCUGUAAGCCCAAAUAAUGUGACCUUUCACAGAGAACAUGUACUGUAUUUAUUAUUUUAUACACAGGGCUUGUUAUAUUGUACAAUAAUGUACAUUAUUCCACAUUGGAUGAAAGAGAGACACUGUCAUAGCUGGGACAGAGUGUAUUGAGAUGGUUGGAUGUCAAGUGUAUUUGAAAUAAAGUUUGUUUUGACUCCUAGGGUCCCCCUGGUUCCCAAGGUGUGAUUGGGCCCCAGGGCGAGGAGGGAAAGAGAGGAACUCGGGGUGACUCUGGUUCGUUAGGACCACCGGGUCCUGUUGGUGAGCGGGUGAGUCUACCGUUAAGUCUAUUACUGAACACCUCUACAUUAUAAGGAUUUAGGUCAGUGACUGUAAAUUCAGACUUCUCAGGAUGGAUUUCAGCCCUCCAUUCUCAUUUACCUCAGUUCAUCCUCCAUGGAUAUGUCCUCAACCCUGUGCAGGAAAAAUGUAUAUUGUUUCAUAGGUUGUAAUCUUGGUACCUGUAUAUCCUAUGUGUCUGUAUUUCAGGGGUCUCCUGGUAACAGAGGUUUUCCCGGUGCUGAUGGAUUACCUGGACCUAAGGUACAGACAGAUGAUCAGAGAUCUAUUACAGUUAAAACUGGUGGUCAUUAGAGUGGAUUCUCAGGACUAGACCCCCAGCCCAAACCUAAUUCACUAUACUGUUUCUCCUGAAGGGUGCUCAAGGAGAUCGUGGACCUUCUGGCAUAUCUGGCCCUAAAGGUUCAGGAGGAGAUCCCGGGCGCACUGGCGAACCUGGCCUCCCAGGCGCAAGGGUAAUGUGAAGACAUCAUUCUAGCUUUCCAAGAUUCCCUCAUUUACUUAUAUCCCAUAUCUAUAUCUCAAAACCCAACAAUGCUGAUGGGAAUCUGUCUUGGUGUGUCACAUACUGUGGAUCUUUGUUUCUGACCUUGUCUGUUGUUUUAUAGGGUCUGACAGGCACCCCAGGAGUCCAGGGAGCCGAGGGCAAGCCAGGACCACUGGUAAGGUUGACCAUAGGUGGAUAAAAAGAGUGUUUGCACACAUCCAACUUAAUACAACUUUUUAAAAAACAGCAGAGAAAAAGGUCAUGCACUCAGUGAUUGCCACAGCUCCAACAAGUGUUCUAAAUUAUUUCACUGAUAUACCUACAAGGUUUAGACCGACAGGGUCUAUUUGUCAGUUGAUCAGUACCUCUUUUCGAGGUUUGACCAUUGGCAUCAGAUGUCGUAACACUGAAUGAACAGCAAGAGGUAAGAGUUGUGCUUGUGUCCUCUGUCUGAAGGGCCCAGCAGGAGAAGAUGGCCGCCCAGGACCAGCAGGGUCUAUUGGAACCAGAGGUCCUGCAGGAACCAUGGGAACACCUGGACCAAAGGGCUUUAACGUAAGGAACUUUGAAAGUUCUAACCUUCUCAGCGUCUUGCUAUCAAACUUGUCCUAUCUCCUCAUGACCUCUUGAAUGACCCCUUGUCUUUUCAACCCAAAGGGAGAUCCAGGGAAGACAGGUGAACAAGGAUCUGCGGGAGUGGCAGGACAAAGAGUGAGUGUCUUUGUCAAUGAGCACUAAAUGACCUCUGUGAGGACCAUCACUAAUGAUGACUUCCUUUCUAGGGUCCUCCUGGGAAAGAUGGGGAGGUUGGCCCUGCAGGUCCCGCUGGCCCUCCGGUAAGUCACCUGUUUGGCUCUGAUUAUCAUGACUAAUCAUGACUGAUUAUCUAGUAGCAUUGUGGUAUAGACAUUGCCCAUCUCAUUUCAAGGUAUGCUGUAUCACAAUAUACUCAUCUUGAUGAACGAUUGCGUGAACAUGUUCUGUAAACUGUUUGGAAAGAGUUCUAAUGAUUCAUUCUUUGUCUGAAGGGUGUUGCUGGUGACAGAGGAGAAAUGGGACCUCCCGGUGUGAACGGCUUCCAGGUGGGUUAUCAUACAUUUUUACCAAUGGCAUUAAGAACGGUGAACUAGCUAGCAACGGCUGAUUACUGAAAGUGUCAGCAAAGCUUGUAAUUUAUAUGGGAUUGAACCAACUGCGCGCUGUUAUCGUCAUCUGAAGUGUAUAUGCUGUUGUGUUUCAGGGAUUACCUGGACCUCCAGGCCCCCCUGGAGAGUCAGGAAAACCAGGUGAUCUGGUGAGUUUGAUGAACAAUAUACAGUAUAUGCCAUUUACCAGACUAUUUUAUCCAAAGUGAUUACAGUCAUGCAUGCAUACAUUUUAUGCAUAGGUGACCCCAGCGGGGAAUCGAACCCACAAUCCUGACGUUGCAAGCUCCAUGCUCUAGCAACUGAGCAUAUGCACAGUCUGAGUUAGCUGAAGUAUAUCUCUAAUAAGAUAAAUAGAUCCUCUAUUUUAUGGGAUGCAAUCCUCAUUGUAUGACAUCAUGACGAUGGAGAACGACUUUCUUUGUUUUGUUUAGGGUAUACCCGGAGAAGGAGGUGCUGUGGGUCAAAUUGGACCAAGGGUACGUAUACCAUCUUACUAAUACAAAUAUAUAUUGAACAUACUGGAUAUACCAUGUUGUAUUGCACCAGACACACAUGCAUUAUAUGUGUCUAUUGUGUGACUGACAGCUGUUUUGUGUUAAACAGGGAGAGCGUGGAAUCCCAGGAGAGAGAGGAGAACUCGGACCUCACGGUCUAGCUGGACCCAAGGGAAUCCCGGGAGCACCAGGACCCGAUGGACCAAAGGUAUUUGUUGUCCAUGCAUAGAGAUGUAAUAUGGAACCUCAAUGGAGGAUUAUUGUGUAUUGGAUCUUUGAAGCCGCAAAUAUGAAUCUGAUCCCGUUGCUUUUUUUCUCCAUAGGGUAGUCCUGGUCCUCACGGUGGAGUUGGUGACCUAGGGCCUCCUGGUCUUCAGGGGAUGCCUGGUGAGAGAGGGAUCUCUGGUCCUCCUGGGCCUAAAGGUGACAGAGUAAGUAUUCACACACUGCUUCAUUACCUCCUUAUCUUAUAAUAUCCUGUCUCCUUACCUUAUAAUAUCCUGUCUAGGGAGACGGUGUAUUCACCCUCCUUAUCUUAUAAUAUCCUGUCUAGGGAGACGGUGUAUUAAUCUCCUUAUCUUACAAUAUCCUGUCUAGGGAGAUUGUGUACAGCUGUCUGUGUAUCAUUGUUUCUGUCUACUGAAUGUGUAUGAUUGUUUUCUACUGUGAUUUGUGUGGACCCCAGGGAGAGUACAGUAGCUGUUGGUAGUUAAUGGGGGUCGAAGUAAACACUUAAAUAAUUCUGAUAACAUAAGAAUAGUAUUAACCGUCUGAUUUUGACAUGUGACAUUCUCCAUCAUUGUAGGGGACAGGUGGAGAGAAGGGAUCAGAAGGUACACCAGGAAACGAUGGCGCAAGAGUGAGUCGAAUUUACACCUGCAUUUUAUCUUUGGCUUUGAUGCAACACAAAGAGGCAUUGUGUUAUCUCUUAUUUUGGCCUAAGACAAAUAGCUUUGUGCUUUGAUCAUGUGAAGACCGAUACCAUAUGUUCUUAUUUGAAAGGUGCAAGCCCCAGGUGCAAACCCAGCUAAUUCAAACAGUUGGCGAGCACUGCUGGCACGCAGUGAUUGUGUCAGAACAGGAAAAGUUAUCUGUACUGUAGGGUUGUAAAACAAAAAAAAAGACACUUCUUUAUAAAGGAUGAGUUAUUCUACAGGGGAGUGUUGGAUAGGAGUCAGCUCGGAAACAUGUAGCUGCAUGUUCUGUCAGAGCAAUGUGCCUGCUCAAUUAAUUGCAGGAGUCAAAAAAUGUAUGAAUGUAUUUCCUCUAACAAGACCUUUUCUCACCACAGGGUCUUCCUGGUCCUCUUGGCCCACCCGGACCCCAUGGACCCAGCGGUGAAAAGGUAAAGACAUAUUUUGCCAAAAGCUAGAAUCAUUAGUUAGUGAAUCUUUUGUUGUGACACCAGAACAACUAGAUCUUGUAAUUGCAGGGAGAAGCUGGACCUAAAGGCCCUCCCGGGCCUCAUGGAUCAAGAGCAAUGCCUGUGAGUGGACAACCGAACGUUCAGUAUAAAACAGUGUCACGUUUACCUGGAAAUGAUCAUAUCAGGUGUUAUUGCAUAAUGAUCUGUUUUGUAUUCUUUUCCACCAGGGAAACCGUGGUGAACCUGGCCCUAUUGGUCCUGUUGGGUUUGGUGGACCACCCGUAAGUCAUUCUUAAUGAUUCUAAACCCAUGAUGCCUAUGAGAUGACAUUAAACUGAUUGUCUUAGCGUCAUACUAAUAACAAUAGUAGCAAUAAUAAUAAUACAUUACAUUUGUAGAGCGCUUUUCAUUUACAGACGUAAAUCACAAAGCGAUCAUAACGAUUCAUGUCACACUGUAUAUCAUGUAUCGUGUUAUAUUUAAGUGAUAAUGCCCGAGAAGCCAGUGUUUGGAGGAUAUAUUGGCAUGGGUGUUGUUAGCACCCAAACCAAUAUUUUUUGGUUUGGAUAUAUUGGCAAACCGUGCCAAUAUAUCCUCCAAACACCGGCUUCGAGGGCAUUAUCACUUUUAUACAACAUAUUCAAAUAAUGAUUGACAUAUUCUCAUAAAACAUUUUUAUUUUUAUGAAUUUAUUCAUACUAUUUCAUCCUUCCACAAGCCGGCUGGUCGUUCGUUCUAUCAGUUCGGUAUCUAUGGGCGCGACCCAGUCAUUCGUUCUAAAUGUUCCAUUGCUAUACUGGCUGGCAACGUUCUUAUCCCUUGCUUGCUAGCUAGCCAACUACAGCUAAUUUACAGUCAUGUCAAAAAGUGCAGCCAGACGAAAAGCAAAGUAGCUGCAUUUGCAUUUGUUUAAGCUGUUUUCUAGUGACAUUUAUUUGGAUACAUCCAUAACAAUAAGCUAAUGAGGCGCGAUUUCGCCUGGCAUAGAAAAUGUGCUCACUCAUCAGGACACUGUUGUUCAGAGGAGCUAGCCAACAACACAGCUAACAUAAUCACUUCAAACUUAAGCUGGAAAGACUGCAAACAAGCUGCACUUCAUUUUGUUUUACCUUUUUUCAAUUGACAUUUCUUUGUAUACAUCCAUAAUAAUUAUUCCAGCUGAUUCAUGAUUUCGCCUGAGAAACGCUGCCUGCCUGUCUUUCUCAUUCCAACUCCCGACACGUUCAUGACUAUGGGACAGCUGGAGAUCCAAUUUGAAUAUUGAAACAAUGUUGCAAAUGUCGGAGAGACAGACAGCAAGGUUUAUACAAAUCUCCGCUGUUGAAAACUACAUUUAAGUCUAAAAGAAAUGUGAGCUAAUGUCUAGAUGCUUUUUACAGUGGAGAUCAAGUUUAUAAAGUGCCUGGCUGCGCUGAUGAGACAGUGGAUUGCACAGUCAGAUGGAACAGAGUAAAUAGGCUUUUUAAUGUCAUAGAUUUAGCCGGUGGUAAUCCUGAAUGCUGAUUGGUAACACCGGCUGGAAUGCGGUUUUAACCAAUCAGCAUUCAGGAUUAGACCCACCCGUUGUAUAAAGCAUAUUGUUGUGUUGUCUUGUAAGAAAAGUAGUUCCUUUGGGAUGUUUCCUGCUCUUAUGCUAAUUGUCUUAUUAUCCUCAUACAGGGUCCUGAUGGUCAACCAGGAGUCAAGGGGGAGCCCGGAGAGCCAGGUCAGAAGGGUGACGCUGGUUCUCCAGGGCCUCAGGGCUUGGCUGGAUCCCACGGACCUCCUGUGAGUUAACAUGCUACAUUAUCUUGUGCUAAAUUGUCGCACACAGACAACAGAACAGGAGGAACGAUCUCAUACAACAAUCUUCAUCUCUCCGUAGGGUAUUGUUGGUGUGGCCGGACUGAAGGGUGGCAGAGGAACCCAGGGUGCACCUGUAAGUUCAUGUUUUGUAUUUUGAUCAGUCUCUGGGGACUUUGACAGGAUUGUGUCCAGGUAUUGACACAUACAGUUCAGAGAGUAUAUGAACAUGUAAUGAACAGUAACCAUGUGGAUCUUCUCAUCUUCUCACUCGUAGGGCCCCACUGGUUUCCCUGGAUCUGCAGGCAGGGUUGGACCACCAGGCUCAACUGUAAGUAAUCAUCAAACCACUUUUGGAUAGAUUGGUUAAAUGUACCAAUUCGGAAGUAGCCAACGGCUAUCAUGUCAAUAAGCCACUGGCAUUGAAUACUUUAAUGAUAACCACUGACCAGCUAUUGUGAACGCACUUCACAUUAUUCUCAGAGAGAUAAACAACAACAACAAAAUAUCAUCAAAUUAUCUUUGUGCAGGGUCCCGUUGGAGAGGCCGGACCCCUUGGUCUCCCUGGGAAGGAGGGUCCUCCUGGCCUUCGUGGAGAGAACGGAUCCCCUGGGAGACAAGGAGAAAGAGGUCCCCCAGGACCAGCCGGAGGCCCAGGAGACAAGGGAGACUCUGGAGAGGACGGACCCACGGUAAACUAUCAAGCGUUGCUGAAUAAUAAUGUUUCUCAAUUGGUUCCUGGGAGAAUCUCAGGGGAUGCACAUCACUAAGCCCUUGAUAAGUUAAAUUGGGUGUAUUCAUACAGGGCUAGAACAAAAAUGUAAACCUCAGGAAUUGAUUGGACAUUAUAAACUGGGUGGUUCGAGCCCUGAAUGCUGAUUGGCUGACAGUCGUGGUAUAUCAGACCGUCUAUCGCGGGUAUGACAAAACAUAUAUUUUUAUUGCUCCAGUUGUGUUGGUAACCAGUUUAUAACAGCAAUAAGGCACCUCAGGGGUUUGUGGUAUAUGGCCAAUAUACCACGGCUAAGGGCUGUAUCCUGUAGCCGUGGUAUAUUGGCCAUAUACCACAACCCCUCGUGCCUUAUUGCUUAAUUAACACAUUGUUGUAUAAUACAGUUUAUCCACUCCAUUCAGUCAGGAUAUGCAUUGAAAUAAGAAAAAUAAUUCUCAACCAAAGUAUCAGAAAAAUGAAUGAACUGAAUUACAAGUUCGAGUCGUGUUGAAUUGGAUUGACCACAACCCUUGUACAGUACAAUAUCCAGUCAAUGUAAACCCCAACUGGAUUUGUUUCCACAGGGUCCUGAUGGACCUCCAGGUCCUGCCGGAACAACAGGACAGAGAGGCAUUGUGGGCCUUCCUGGUCAGAGGGGAGAGCGUGGAAUGCUGGGACUUCCAGGACCAGCGGUAUGUAUUGAUUUGGAUCCCACGUGUGGCCACAAUCUGAACUGCUUUCACUUUGCAUGUUACAGUGCCCCUCAUGGUUCCAUUGUCCCUGUGGUGUCUGUAGGGUCCUCCAGGGAAACAGGGGACUGCAGGACCUGGGGGAGACAAAGGCCCCCCUGGCCCGCUCGGUUCUCCUGGUGCCAACGGACCCCGUGGCGAUCCUGGUCCCGAUGUAAGUUGCCCCUUACACUUUUUGUCUUAACAAAACCAGUCACCAUUUGAGUCCGGAUUCAGGAUCAUAGGCGUUUGACGCUAUUUCCUACUUCACAGUAGGGCCGUUUAAAAAAGAAAAUGCAGAAAUGCCUUCUUGAACAUAUGAACUUUCAUGUGCCUUAAUUACAAACUUAAUAAUAGAUUAUGUUUGUAAUUAUGAGCCUAGUUUAGCCAAGGAGAAAGCACUGAGCUACAGUAGGGAUCAAAGUCAGGAUCCAUGACUGGUUGAGAUAAUGGACGGGAGUGAAUAGAGAGACUACUUCCUGGAGGACAACGCCAUGCUCACUCAGGCCUUUCCAUGUGGAUUCUUAAAGAGAUGGGUGGGGCUAAGGCUUAAGAGGGUGUGUAUGAUGCUAAAUGGGCAUAAACAAAGAAGAGCUCUCUAGAAAACUGUCACGGAUUCAGCCGAGGCUGCUCCUCCUCCUUGCUCGGGCAGGCUUCGGCGUUCGUCGUCCCCGGAGUACUAGCUGCUACCGAUCUAUGUUUCGGUGUUUGUCUAGAUUGGUCUGUAUUGUUUCCACCUGUGUCCCAUUAGUGUUGAUUGUAUUCCCUUUAAAAAAACCCUGUCUCUCAUUUGUUUGUUGUGUGUGAUUGUUCUCUGUUAGGUCGGCAGUGCUGUGGUAUGCUAGUGUUGUUCCUCCCUGUUUGGAGGUUUUGUUGUUUUGUACUUUCAUUUACUGUGUUUAGUAAAGUACGUCUGCCAGUCGCUCGGUGUCCUGCGCUUGACUUCGUUUUCCGCAUACACGUCAAACCUGACAAAAACAAGUUUAUCCAAUUUUAAAGAAGCAUAACUUCUCUUGUAUGGAGUGUAUGGAGUAUACAGUAGUUAAUCACAAUAUCUUAUUUUUCUCCAGGGUCCUGCUGGUUCUGAUGGGCCCCCAGGCAAAGUUGGAGUCAUUGGUCAAAGGGUAGGAAGGAGCUGAACACUUCCUGUUCAAUACUGUGUCCAGAAUGUCUCCCAUUGUUUACUGUGCUUGACCCAACUCAACUGUGUUGUAACAGCAAGACAAAUUAUUUUCCACCUUUUGAGGCGUGGCAAUGAAAUGGUUCUGGUUCUGAUGACUUCCACAGGGAGACAGAGGGGACCAUGGUCCAGAGGGUCUGAUCGGGACCCCGGGACUACCCGGAACUCCUGGUCCAGUCGGUGCCACCGGUGGUUCUGGAAAGAGAGGAGACGCAGUACGUAAUGCCCUUUUCAUUAACGUUGGACUUUCCCUGUCAAUACAUGAGCAUCCCAAGAUGAGAUAAGAUGGGAAAAGGAAAGGGUCACGGUAAUGUGUACAUGUUACUGAAUUAAUUAAUUAAUUAAUGGAAUGAAUGAAAUUAAAUGAAUUAAUGAAUGGAAUUAAUGAAUGUCAAAUCGCCACAUAAACACACAUUACAAUAAUUAACUGGGAUAAUUCAGUGAUAAUUAUUCUUCUGGUGUUCUCUGCAGUGUGUCGCAUAAAGAGUGAAAAAAUAAAUAAACAAAUUAUAAUAAUACAAAAACAUUUGACUAAAAAUCAAUACAUAAUAAAUAGUAAAUAAGGGUAUCCAAACAAUAAUUAUAAAUACAGAAACAUUUAACAGAAGGCAUUUGAACCCAGUUACUAAUAUAUAGUAUCUCACUGAGUCAUGCUGCGGUCUUAUUCAUACACAGGGUUCCAGAGGACCAAACGGUCCCCCAGGUUCAACAGGAAAGAGAGGGCUAAUGGUAAGAUCAUCAUCAACAGCCACAUGAUACAAAUCUAAGGUUAUCAUUUCAUUUGACUUGAAUUACUCUACCACCAAUUUAUCUAAAACAUGUAUUCGAUAUCCAAAUAGAAAUCCAAGUCAUUUGAUUUUCUGCGAGCAAUCACAGAAAUGAUAACCCAGUAUGUGAUGGUUAUGACUACUAGACUCAUGUGAGAACUGUUCAUUUGCAUAUUUGUUUGGUGACACAUAAUCAUAAACAUUGGACGUCCCAUAAAAAUGUGAUUGCAUGGUGUUCUCCUAAACAACAGGGACCACAAGGACCCAGAGGUGAUAAGGGUGACCUGGGAGACCAUGGAGACAGAGGACAGAAGGGACACAGAGGAUUCACCGGUUUACAAGGUCUACCCGGACCACCUGUACGUCAAAUCAAUACAUAUCUGUUAUUGAGUAGAAUGUAUACCCAUUUAAAGUUACUAUGUCUUGAUAUUUCAUUUUGUAUUUAUUUUUUAGGGUACAACAGGAGAGCAGGGAGCAUCAGGAAUCGUCGGACCAAGCGGACAAAGAGUACGUACCAUAUGAGACACUGUUCCAUGUUGUCAACCAUGCUGUAUUUCAUGACUCAUUAAAAUUGAUCUUUAAUAUGGUAUGUUAUGAUAGGGACCCUCUGGACCAGUUGGACCACCAGGAAAAGAAGGGUAUAUCGGCCAGCCUGGACCAAUGGGACCUCCUGGAACACGUGGAAUUAGCGGCGAAAUCGGACCUGAGGCAUGUUGAUACCCAUAUGUUGAUACCCAUUUGUUGACUUCUGUAACCGUAAAAGCCUUGGUUUCUGGCAUGUUAACAUCAGAAGCCUCCUCCCCAAGUUUGAGUUAUUCACUGCGUUAGCACACUCUGCCAACCCUGAUGUUCUAGCAGUGUCUGAAUCCUGGCUUAGGAAGGCCACCAAAAAUUCAGAAAUGUCCAUCCCCAACUACAACAUUUUUCGUCUAGAUAGAACUGCCAAAGGGGGCGGAGUUGCAAUCUACUGUAGAGAUAGCCUGCAGAGCUCUAUCAUACUAUCCAGGUCUGUGCCCAAACAGUUUGAGCUUCUACUUCUAAAAAUCCACCUUUCCAGAAAUAAGUCUCUCACUGUUGCCGCUUGCUACAGACCCCCCUCAGCCCCCAGUUGUGCCCUGGACACCAUAUGUGAAUCGCUUGCCCCCAUCUAUCCUCAGAGUUCGUACUGCUUGGUGACCUAAACUUGGAUAUGCUUAACACCCCGGCCGUCCUACAAUCUAAACUAGAUGCCCUCAAUCUCACACAAAUUAUCAAGGAACCUACCAGGUACAACCCUAAAUCCGUAAACAUGGGCACCCUCAUAGAUAUCAUCCUGACUAGUUUACCCUCUAAAUACACCUCCGCUGUCUUCAACCAGGAUCUCAGCGAUCACUGCCUCAUUGCCUGCGUCCGUAAUGGGUCCGCGGUCAAACGACCACCCCUCAUCACUGUCAAACGCUCCCUAAAACACUUCAGCAAGCAGGCCUUCCUAAUUGACCUGGCCCGGGUAUCCUGGAUGGAUAUUGACCUCAUUCCGUCAGUAGAGAAUGCCUGGAUGUUCUUCAAAAGUGCUUUCCUCUCCAUCUUAAAUAAGCAUGCCCCAUUCAAAAAAUUCAGAACUAAGAACAGAUAUAGCCCCUGGUUCACCCCAGACUUGACUGCCCUUGACCAGUACAAAAACAUCCUGUGGCGUACUGCAUUAGCAUCGAACAGCCCCGCGAUAUGCAACUUUUCAGGGAAGUCAGGAACCAAUAUACACAAUCAGUUAGGAAAGCAAAGGCUAGCUUUUUCAAACAGAAAUGUGCAUCCUGUAGCACUAACUCCAAAACGUUUUGGGACACUGUAAAAUCCAUGGAGAAUAAGAGCACCUCCUCCCAGCUACCGACUGCACUGAGGCUAGGAAACACUGUCACCACCGAUAAAUCUACGAUAAUCGAGAAUUUCAAUAAGCUACCCCUACCCCGGCCACCAGCUCUGCACCCUCCGCUGCAACUUGCCCAUGCCCCCCCCCCCCCCUCCCGCUUCUCCUUCACUCAAAAACAGAUAGCUGAUGUCCUGAAAGUGCUGCAAAAUCUGGACCCCUACAAAUCAGCUGGGCAAGACAAUAUGGACCCUUUCUUUCUAAAAUUAGCCGCCGAAAUUGUCACAACCCCUAUUACUAGCUUGUUCAACCUCUUUUUCGUAUCGUCUGAGAUCCCCAGAGAUUGGAAAGCUGCCGUGGUCAUCCCCCUCUUCAAAGGGGGUGGCACUCUAGAUCCAAACUGUUACAGACCUAUAUCCAUCCUGCCCUGCCUUUCGAAAGUAUUUGAAAGCCAAGUUAACAAACAGAUCACCGACCAUUUCGAAUCCCACCGUACCUUCUCCGCUAUGCAAUCUGGUUUCCGAGCUGGUCGUGGGUGCACCUCAGCCACGCUCAAGGUCCUAAACGAUAUAAUAACCGCAAUUGAUAAAAGACAGUACUGUGCAGCCAUCUUCAUCGACCUGGCCAAGGCGUUUGACUCUGUCAAUCACCGCAUUCUUAUUGGCAGACUAAAUAGCCUUGGUUUCUCAAAUGACUGCCUCACCUGGUUCACCAACUACUUCUCAGAUAGAGUUCAAUGUGUCAAAUCGGAGGGCCUGUUGUCUGGACUUCUGGCAGUCUCUAUGGGGGUGCCACAGGGUUCAAUUCUCGGGCCGACUCUAUUCUCUGUGUAUAUCAAUGAUGUCGCUCUUGCUGCUGGUGACUCUCAGAUCCACCUCUACGUAGACGACACCAUUUUGUAUACAUCUGGCCCUUCAUUGGACACUGUGUUAACAAACCUCCGAACGAGCUUCAAUGCCAUACAACACUCCUUCCGUGGCCUCCAACUGCUCUUAAACGCUAGUAAAACUAAAUGCAUGCUCUUCAAUCGAACGCUGCUUGCACCCGCCCGCCCGACUAGAAUCACUACUCUCGGCGGGUCUGACUUAGAAUAUGUGGACAACUACAAAUACCUAGGUGUCUGGUUAGACUGUAAACUCUCCUUCCAGACUCACAUUAAGCAUCUCCAAUCCAAAGUUAAAUCUAGAAUCGGCUUCCUAUUUCGCAACAAAGCCUCCUUCACUCAUGCUGCUAAACAUGCCCUCGUAAAACUGACUAUCCUACCGAUCCUUGACUUCGGCGAUGUCAUUUACAAAAUAGCUUCCAACACUCUAUUCAGCAAAUUGGAUGUAGUCUUUCACAGUGCCAUCCGUUUUGUCACCAAAGCCCCAUAUACUAACCACCAUUGUGACCUGUACGCUCUCGUUGGCUGGCCCUCACUACAUAUUCGUCGCCAAACCCACUGGCUCCAGAUCAUCUAUAAAUCACUUCUAGGCAAAUCCCCGCCUUAUCUUAGCUAAUUGGUCACCAUAGCAACACCCACCCGUAGUAUGCGUUCCAGCAGGUAUAUCUCACUGGUCAUCCCCAAAGCCAACACCUCCUUUGGCCGCCAUUCCUUCCAGUUCUCUGCUGCAAAUGACUGGAACAAACUGCAAAAAUGUCUGAAGCUGGAGACACUUAUCUCCCUCACUAACUUUAAGCAUCAGUUGUCAGAGCAGCUUACCGAUCACUGCACCUGUACACAGCCCAUCUGUAAUUAGCCCACCCAACUACCUCAUCCCCAUAUUGUUAUUUACAUUGUUAUUUAUUUUGCUCAUUUUCACCCCAGUAUCUCUAUUUGCACAUAAUCUUCUGCACAUCUAUCACUCCAGUGUUAAUACUAAAUUGUAAUUAUUUUGCACUAUGGCCUAUUUAUUGCCUUACCUCCAUAACUUACUACAUUUGCACACACUGUAUAUAGAUUUUCUAUUGUGUUAUUGACUGUAUGUUUUGUUUAUUUCAUGUGUAACUCUGUGUUGUUGUUUUUAUCGCACUGCUUUGCUUUAUCUUGGCCAGGUCGCAGUUGUAAAUGGGAACUUGUUCUCAACUGGCUUACCUGGUUAAAUAAAGGUGAAAUAUAUAUAAAAAAUAUAUAUAAGGGUCAUUUCACCUACAUACUGUAUGCUCUGUCUUAAUUUGACCAGUUUCUCACGGGCAGGAAAAUAAUUAUAUAAUUAAUGGACAUUUUUGUAGUCUGACAUGUUUAAGUGGAAAUUACAAACUGGAGAAGCCCUUUUAAACCUUGAAUAGACCUUGAAUACACUACAAUUUGUGAUCAAAUGAAGAUAGCAGAUCUGUACACUGAUAUAAACAUUUUCUGGGAAGACAACGCAAACAUCAUGAUCAUUUGGCACAUAAUGUUAAGACACCUAAUAUGUUCACACUUAAAUAAAAUACUAUUACUUACCAUUACUCUGUGGUUUCCAGGGACCUCCUGGAGAGCCAGGCCCCACUGGUCCUCCCGGCCCUGCAGGCCCCCCCACGGCUGCCAUGGAUGACCUGUUUGGCGCCAUGCAAGACUACGAUGGCGGCCCCCCUCCUCCUCCCGAGUUCAGUGAGGAUGAGGCUUUGCCCAACAGCAAUGCCACCCAGCAGCUGGACCCAGGUGUCCAGGCCACUCUGAAGGCCCUCAGCAGCCAAAUCGACAGCAUGAAAAGCCCCGACGGCAGCAGGAAGCACCCGGCUAGGACUUGUGAGGACUUGAAGCAGUGCUACCCACUGAAGAAGAGCGGUGAGUUGUUGUUUCCAUGACACGGGAAGUACUACACAUCGAAGAUCAUCAUUAAGGUGUUUUCUGAAGUUAUUAGGUAUUCAGACCAUGUCUCUUUAAUCCUAUUGUGGCAAUAAUUCUACCCCUGAGGAUGCGAUGUUUGCUAACUCACAUUGGAAAUAUCUCCCAUGUAAAAGGAGCCAAUAGGCUGGCAGAUGGGAUCUGAUUCAUGAGUAAAUAUUUGCUAUUUCUUCUUUAAUGUGACAGUUGUGGGACAAUGUUCUCUUUCUCUGUUCCAGGUGAAUACUGGGUCGAUCCAAACCAAGGAAGCUCAGAGGAUGCUAUCAAAGUACAUUGUAAUAUGGAGACGGGAGAGACCUGCAUCUCGGCCAAUCCUGCCAGCAUACCUCGCAAAGUGUGGUGGAGCACCUCAAGGAAUAAGCCUGUGUGGUUUGGAGCUGACAUCAAUAGAGGACAACAAGUAAGAACAAUGUUUCUACCCUGUAAUACUCAUAUUUUUACUAUUAUUAGGGUUGGAAAACCACACUAGGAACUGUUGGAUCACUGGGCAUUCAAAAUAUCCCCCUUGAGAUUUUAAAUUUCAGAAAUCUGUGGGAAUUCUGCUCCCAUGCAUUCCUACCCAAUUCCACCCCUAAUUAUAAGAUGCAAGUAUGUUAUAUGGUAGUGGGGUAUGGCUGAGGGAAAAUAUUUGUAAAGCAAGACUGACCACUGGUAAUCAUUUUAUAAAUACUAGCAACUGACCCACAUUUGACCAUCACUGAUAAUAUUUGCUAUGUAAAUGUGACACCUGUACAUAGAUAAAUAACAACGACUGAUAACUGUUGAUAACAUCAUAUUGAAAUGUAGUUUCAUCUAAAAACUGAGUUCCUCAAAUGCCGCCAAUUUUUCAACUGUUGUUUGUUUUCUCUUUUUGUGUAUUCGCAGUUCACCUACGGUAACAAAGACCAGCCGGCCAACUCUGUCACGGUUCAGAUGACGUUCAUUCGUCUGCUCUCCAAAGAGGCUUCUCAGACCAUCACCUUCCACUGCAAGAACACAGUGGGCUACAAGGAUGAGGCGACUGGGAAUCUGAAGAAAGCUGUCAUCCUCAAGGGGUCCAAUGACCUGGAGCUCAAAGCAGAGGGAAACAACCGCUUCAGAUACACUGUGGUGGAGGACAGUUGUGGAGUGAGUAAUAUUAUACAGUAUAUAUAUAUAUAUAUAUGUAUAUGUGUGUGUGUAUAUAUCAUAUUCUAUGGACGUUUUGGGGCCGUUUCAGUCUGGGCCCUGAAAUGUUUAUAUCUGGGUCGUCACUGGAAACAUUGACUUACUGAGGUCUUACUGAACCUUACAGAACCUUACUGAACAUUUCCCAUGUCUUUCUCUUUACAGAAAUCCAAUGGUAACUGGGGCAAGACAGUGUUUGAGUACAGGACCCAGAAAACAGCCAGACUUCCCAUCAUGGAUAUGGCCCCUGUGGACAUUGGUGGUUCGGAUCAGGAGUUUGGUAUCGAUAUUGGGCCCGUUUGCUUCCUAUAA